AUGGAGGGCAUGAACGGCUUCACAUCUGUCAAUGGCACUAGCCCAACCAACACCGCUCCCUCCAACGGAACCGCCAUGCAGGCUUCUGCCGUCUCUCCGACCCCCGAAACACCAGCACCCACUGGCACGAAGCGCAAGCGAGAGUCAAAGGCCGCGCUGAAGUUCUACGCCGUCCGCGUUGGAAAAGAGCCGGGAAUCUACCACACUUGGGCUGAGUGCCUCGAACAAGUCAAAGGCUUCCCCAAGGCGUCGUUCAAGUCGUUCACCUCACUCACUGAUGCUCAAGCAUUUGUCAACAACGAACCAGGAGCGAGUGGCAGUUCUGGGUCGGCGGGAGGCAAGUUCUACGGGGUGCAGUCAGGGAGGGUACCGGGGUGGAAGGGACCAAAGCACAAGGUGUUCAAGACGAGGAUGGAAGCGGAGCUGUUCGUGGCGGAAGGUCAGCAGAACCACCUGGCGAAUGGCGACACGACGGUGGACAGCAUAGAGCUACCGGAUGCUGGCAACUACGCGAAGAAGGCGAAAACUGGCAAGGGCAAGAAGAAUGGCAUCAAGGAAGAGGAGUUCUCCGACCUAGGUCUCGAAGGUGGCGAGUAUGAACCCGGCGAUGGACCUCUGCCGGCGGGUGCUGAAGACAACUUCGACCCUACCAUCACCCUCGACAAGACCACAGGCACUGCACGCUACAAAAUCGCCGAUGAGAUGGCACAAACAAAGUACCAAGCAUCGGGUCACGUAAAAGACGCCGCAAUACGCAUCUACACUGACGGCUCAGCUCUCUCCAACGGUCAAUCGGGUGCUAUAGGCGGCGUAGGCGUCUACUUCGGACCACUCGACAAGCGCAAUCUCAGCGAACCGCUCACAGGCACCAAACAGUCCAACCAACGGGCCGAGCUGACGGCCAUCCUCCGCGCCCUGGAAGUGGCACCCCGAGACCGCAAGAUCGUCAUCUGUACAGACAGCAAAUACGCCAUCCAGUGCUGCACCGAAUGGUUCGUCAAAUGGCGCAUCAACGACUGGCGUAACGCCUCCAACAAGCCGGUGGAGAACAAGGAUCUCGUGACGAAGAUCAUCGACAUGCUGGAGGAGCGGUACAGGCUGAACGCGCAUCGCGUGGACGACGAGGAAAAGGAGAAUGAUGGUUCUGGUGGGCACUGGGCGCGCGGUCCGGCUGGGGUGAAGUUCGAGUGGGUGAAGGGGCAUGCUAAGGAUGUGGGUAAUACGGCUGCUGAUGAGCUGGCGGUGAACGGGGCGAGGGUGGCCAAGCAGAUGGGGAAUGAUCUUGCUUUCGACUGA